GAAAAAAUAGAAAAGAGAAAAGAUAAAAGAGGCUAAAAAGCCUUAAAGUUUAAAGAAAGUUGAUUGCAGAAAGCAAGAGCUUUUGUUCCUCUCUUUUUUCCCUCCCCUCUCUCUCUCUCUCUCUCUCUCUCUCUCUCUCUCUCUCUCUCUCUCAAUCUAGCUAUCACUCUAUCUCUCUCCAUGAGUAAAGCAGAAAACCCACUAUUCCAACUUCACCAGCUGUAGAUAGAUUGUGUGUAGUAUUUACUUCCUUUCUUUUCCUUUCAACAAAAACAGCACCAAACACCAAACAAUAUUAUAGCUCGCUCAUAGUCUCCCCCACUAAAACACAAAACAAAACAAAAAAUCUCUCACCCCCUCAUGCUUGACAACAACACUGCUUCUUCUUCUGAUCAUCACCAUAUUCCUUUCCCUGACCCCUCAGAAAAUGGGAUCACCACCACCACCACCACAUCCAACAACAACAACAAAAGAAAAAGAAGACCAGCAGGCACACCAGUUAUCCUCUCUCUCUGCAUAGAUCCGGACGCAGAAGUUGUGUCGCUAUCGCCGAAGACGCUAUUGGAGUCGGACCGGUACGUGUGCGAGAUCUGCAACCAAGGGUUCCAGAGGGACCAGAACCUGCAGAUGCACCGGAGGAGGCACAAGGUGCCGUGGAAGCUGCUGAAGAGGGAGACGCAGGAGGUGAAGAAGAGGGUCUUCGUAUGCCCCGAGCCGAGCUGCUUGCACCACGACCCUUGCCACGCCCUCGGCGAUCUCGUCGGCAUCAAGAAGCACUUCAGGAGAAAGCACAGCAACCACAAGCAGUGGGUCUGCGACAAGUGCUCCAAGGGUUACGCUGUUCAGUCCGAUUACAAGGCCCACCUCAAGACCUGUGGCACCCGCGGCCAUUCUUGUGACUGUGGCCGUGUCUUUUCUAGAGUUGAGAGUUUCAUUGAACACCAAGACAGUUGCACGGUCCGGACGGUCAGGCCCGAAUUGCAGGCACUGCAGCCCUCCAGUACGGCCGGCGCCGCAGCCGCCACCGCCUGCUCGUCUCGCACCGCAUCGAGCACGAGCCCGUCGAGCGAAGCCAAUUUCGGCAACAUUGCCACUCCAAUAUUGCCCGCCAGAGUUCUCAAUUUGCCGAAGCCGAUGGAACCGUUGUUCUUCAGUUCCGAGAGAAGUAGUACUAAACCUUCUAGCACUGCUACUACUACUAAUAAUUCUAGUAAUCAUCAUCGGCAGCAACAUUUUCUCGAGCUUCAACUCCUUCCGUCGUCGUCACCACUCCACAAUUCGCCCGACGAGAACUUCUCCACCCGGUUGAAGCUCUCGAUCGGGUGCGACGAAACGACGGAAACGGCAAACAUUAAUAAGCCGAGCUCCGAGGAGCUGAUGAAGGUGGCCAUGGCGGAGAAGGCUUAUGCCGAGGAGGCCAGGAGAGAGGCAAAGCGACAGAUCGAGAUCUCCGAGCAGGAGUUUGCGAAUGCCAAGAGAAUAAGGCAACAAGCGCAGGCUGAGCUUGAAAAGGCUCAGUUGCUUAGAGAGCAAGCGACGAAGAAGAUAAGCUCCACCAUUUUGCAGAUCACUUGCCAAGCCUGCAAGCAGCAGUUCCAAACGACGCCGUCGUCGGCCGCGUUGGGGGGGCCGUCAGACGAGACAACGUCGUUGGCGAUGAGUUACAUGUCGUCGGCCACCACGGAAGGGGAAGGAGAGUAGUAAAGAAUAUUUGUCAAGUGGUGACAGAAAGAAAAACGUGGUAAUUAUGAUAAUAGUAAUAAUAAUACAACCAUGUUAUGUGUUACUCGAGGGGGGAAAAAGGGAUGUUUGUUGUUGUUGUU